UUACUGUAAAACCUUGAGUUUCCACAUAAGUCAAAUGAGAUUCCAGAUUUCCUUCUAUAUUAGAGUUAUAAUGCUCCCUUAUUUCCCUGGGCUCUCCCAUUCUCUCACUACUUCCUACCCCUCCCUCUCUCUCUUGGGUCUCAUUAACCCACAAACUAACCCAGAGCAUUAACUACACACUGCAUGUCCUGUAGCUAUAAAUUGACCAUGGGUUUCAUGUAGCAAUCCACCCAAAUAGUUGAGACCAUUAAGCAAGCCCCUACUUCUUCUCUCUUGAGCGAUGGAGAACCAUUUGAAUCCCAGGUUGCCAGUUGGGUACAGGUUUGACCCCACUGAUGAUGUUCUGGUUGAUGCCUACCUCAAGAGAAAGAUCUUUUCUCAGCCUCUUCCUGUUGAUGUCGUCCCAGAACUUGAUGUGUUUCAAGUUGAGCCUUGGAGGCUGCCAAAGGGAGAUGAGAAGAUUUUCACUGAUCGCCAGUAUUUCUGGUUCAACACUAGGGGGCGUGACCUUGAAAGCCAGGACUGGAGAGUCGCUGGGAAUGGCCAGUGGAGGAUGUCUAAGAAAGGAAAAGAUGUUCCGAUCCCGGGAGACAACCAGCUGAUCGGGAAGAAGAACACCUUGAUUUUCUGGAAGGAGCAGGGAGCCGCCGCUGCUAAGGAGACCAAAUGGGUGAUGCAUGAGUUUCGCCUCGAGAUAAUAGCUAGCCCCACAAGGAUGUCGCAUUUGGCGAUGUAUCGGAUAUUCCAGAAGAAAGGUGUGAAGAAGGUGAGGCACGGCCCGCACAGGAGAGGUGGCAGGAAUGCUGCGAUCGGUGGCAUGAAUUCAGGCAGUACUGCUGAUGUCAUUGAUUUGAAUGAAGAGAGUGGCAGUUUCUCAGGUCCUCCCCCAAUGACCCCUUCCUUGAGCGAGGGCAGUGAUUCCGGAGAGAAUUAUAUUAGGAGUUGGUAGAACCCAAACAAGCUUAUCUUGUUUGGUUUUAGUUUCUAGUUGCAGGAAAUGUGAAAUAGGAUUGGGUUUGUCUUUAAGAAUUGGAAAUAAUCGCAACUAUUUAUGUUUUACCUGUUCCCUUAAUUACUAUUCUGCUUUAUUAGUUUUGUCAAUUUGCGAAUU